AUAUAUACGUAGCUAUACAUGUGGAGUGCGUCUUGCUAUCCAACGGUUAGUGGUCGACCGACCAGCUAUGCAUCCACUCGUAAUCUUGUAAAACAUAGUUGUGACAAAUUGAAGAUUUAUUAAAUACAAAACAUAUAUAGAAAUCGAAGAAAAUCUCAUAAACGGCGAAGAUGUCGUGGGCGUGCAACCCAGCUGUGACGUCUAUGAUCCUGGACAGCUACCAGGUAGCCGGUCCACUAUUUGUGCAGACUCUCCAGACUUUGUUCGCAGCCCAAUGUGCUCUAACAAGCGACCAUCUAUGGCCCGAUGACGCUACAGAAUCGGUCCUCCAAGAUCCAAACUACGACUUCAUAGUAGUGGGCGCCGGUUCAGCAGGAUCCGUGGUCGCCAACCGAUUAAGUGAAGUGCCAGAUUGGAAAGUGCUACUCGUCGAAGCUGGGGGCAACCCUGCGUUAACUACUGAAGUUCCACAACUAUUCUACAGUAAUAUGGGUACUUCGUUAGAUUGGGGAUAUAAAACGGAGCCUCAAAAUGCUUGUAGAAGCUACACAACGAAGGGCUGUGCUUGGCCUCGAGGAAAAGUGUUGGGAGGAAGCAGCAGUAUAAACGGCAUGUUCUACGUCAGAGCCAACAAGGCCGACUACGACGAGUGGGCAGCUGACGGCAACUAUGGAUGGAGCUACGAUGAAAUUUUACCAUAUUUCAAGAAAAGUGAAAAUUUCACUGGAGAAUUCACUGAAGAACGAAGCAAAUAUCACGGUCGGGAUGGUCCAAUUAAUAUUGUCGAACCUACAGAACCAAACGUAUUCGAACAACUUAUUAUACAAGCCGCUGUAGAAAUUGGACUGAAGAAUUUAAGUGAUGUUAACGGUGCUGAACAAAUGGGUAUAACAGCAUGCCAAUCUAAUAUUAAAGACAACUAUAGAUACAGUACCGCAAGAGCCUUUUUGAGCAAUGUUAGGGACAGAAAAAACCUGCAUGUGAUGAAAAAUGCCCUUGUCACUAAAGUUUUGUUCCAUCCAGGCACGAAAUCAGUAAAAGGUAUACAGAUUAGUAAAGAUGGACAAGAUAUUAUUGUAAACGCAAAGAAAGAGGUUAUAUUAUCAGGUGGGGCCAUCAAUUCUCCACAAAUUUUAAUGCUGUCAGGUAUUGGACCAAAACAACAUUUAGAAGAUUUGGAUAUAGAAGUUAUUGAAGAUUUACCUGUGGGUGAAAAUUUACAAGACCAUGUGUUUGCUCCCGUGUUCUAUUCGAAGGAGGCUGGUGAAUAUUCGACUUCGAUUGAAGCUAUAUCGGCUGCAUUUGUGGAGUACCUUUUAAAAGGAACGGGGCUAUUUAAGAAUACUAGCCCACAUAGGGUCAUCAGCUUCAUGAACACCACCCAUCCUGAUUCUUCAAUGCCGGAUAUUCAACACCAUCAUUUAGUUAUGCCACCUAGUGUCUCGAAUAUGGUUGACGUUUUCGAAAAGCACGGUUUCGACGAUAAUAUUUACCAACAAUACUCGGAGAUAAACAAGAACAACUUUAUGAUGCAUGUGUACAGUGUUGUAUUACGGCCAAAAUCGAAAGGGAAAAUUAUUUUAAAAAGCAAGAACCCUCAUGAGUACCCACUGAUACACGCAAACUACUUCGAUGACCCAGAAGAUGUAAAGACUAUGAUACGAUCAAUGAGGCAAUACGCAUUGAAGUUAGGUGAAACAAAGACGUUUGAAGCGGCUGGAUGGAAACUGAAAUGGCUGAAGAUCGACACGUGUGACGCGUUUGAGAAGACUACUGAUGAAUACUUGGAAUGUAUAGCGAGGGAGCUUACGUUUUCUCUGUACCACCCGACAAGUACUGUGAAGAUGGGUCCUAAGACUGACAAGGGGGCCGUGGUCGACCCAGAGUUGAGGGUGUACAACGUAAAAGGCCUAAGAGUGAUAGACGCCAGUAUAAUGCCGGAUAUUGUUCGAGGAAACACUAAUGCGCCCACAAUCAUGAUUGCGGAGAGGGGAUCAGAUAUGAUCAAAGAAGCAUGGCUGAACAAACACACUGAACUUUGAUGCGUGGCUUGAGUACACCAUGUUAUGGCAGUACGCAAUAAAUUGUGAUAAAUGUUACAUGUAAAUAAUAAAAUAAAUUUAUUUUUUAUUAA